UAAAUUGAAAAUAUGUUGAUUCUUUUUGUUAAUGUGCCACUCUGAAUAAGUUUUCUAAUAUUAUGAAAGGCUCCGCCGCCGCUUCAGCCCCUCCUGCUGGCCACAUGUAUCUGAUAAGCGCCGCUCCACCUGCCCCAGCCCCGCGGAGGACCCGCCCUGUGAAAGUCCAGCUCUCGGGGCAGGAGGAGCGCAGCAGAGGGAGACAGGUGAAAUGUGGCCCGACAGGUCUGAUGGGAACACAGACACGCUGCCAGAGAGAGGCAGGGGAGGUGACUGACGUACAGUCUCAGCAGCAGACAUUAACUAAGACAGGGUGAAUCAGGAGUAGAGGUAGGGGACCUUUGGACCUUGGGGCCCCGUGGACUCCCUCUGUAGGCUUGACUGAGAGGAAUUUCCCUGCCUGGAGCCGGGGGCAGAUGGUCGGACUGAGAGCCUGAGCGGAACUCAGGAAGGAGAGUGAGAGGAAGGGUGGGAGAGACGGGGGGCUGGAGAGAGGGAGACGAAGACAAGCGAGGACUAGAGAGUAGAGGAGACAUGCUUCGCUACGGUUCAAGACCAAGGGUUACCACCACCACCACCACCACAGAGGACUCUGCAACUCCUUCCAGCGAGAGGAGGGUCCUCAGGUUGACUCUGCUUGCAGGAAAUGAUGGAAAAAAGGAGGAAAAAACUGCAGACACAGCGGAAAAUCACGUCAAGGAAACAUGGAAGAAGAAGAACGGUCUGAUCCACAGAGAGCGGCCGGCUGGCAUGGAGGCGCCUCAGCAGCACCUCAGAGACACAACCAAUGGGGCGCCGGCGACCUCGGCGCAGCAUCAUGGGCCCAAGGUGUACGGCGUAGUGCAGAGGACGAGCACGGACAGGCGGCAGGAGCUGAUGGCACGCGAGUGGUCCGUCGACCACCUUCAUGACGAGAUGAGGUACAUCCGGGAGGUGAGGGACUCUCUGGAAAAAGUGAGAGAACGGAUGUAUGGGCAGUUUGGAGGGAUGCAGCAAUCCAUGGAGAAGCUUUCACGAGAAAUCAGGGCUGCCAACGCCCACCGGAAAACUUUGGAGUCUGAGGUGAAGGUUCGUAGCGCAGCCAUGGAGAACUUUGAUCAGAUGAACACCUCCCUCAUAUCUGCAAACAUCAGCCUGCAGAAAUCCCUUUUGGAGAACUGUCAGAACAGAGUGGACAUGAAAGACGAGGUGAAGACUUUGCGGAGCGCAAAGGAGAAAACUGAAGAAAAGCUCAGGGACAAGGAGCGGGAGCUGGCCGCAGCGCAGGCUGAGAACCAAACGCUCAGACUUCAGGUGGAGUCUUCACAGGAGGCAAACACCCGCGCCGUGCAGGAUCUCACCGCAAAGCUCCAGAGAGAGUACGAGGAAAAGCUGCAGAGCGAACAACAGAAACACAGGGAAGAGAUAGAAAACCUACAGGCCCAGCUGGACGAAUACAUCCGGCGGCUGGAGGAAGCAGAGAGGAACCUCACGACUGCAGAGGCCAAGAUUGCUGAGCGAGACGAGCGGAUCGUCGAGGUAGAGCGUCUCCUGAGCUGCAUGGGGAUGGAGAAGAGCCAACUCCAGCAGAAGCUGCAGGAGUGCGAACAGCGGAUCCGUUUGCUAGAGCUGACGGACAAAACGGAUGCGGCCGUAGCCAAAAAGUCGAAGCAGCUGCAGGAAGAAGCCGUGGAUCUGCGAGAGCGAAUCAAGCACUUGAAUGACAUGGUGUUCUGCCAGCAGAGGAAGGUCAAGGCAAUGAUCGAGGAAGUUGAGUCUCUGCGCGCUCAGGUUGCUCAGAAGGACAUGUUCAUUUCAGAGCUUCUUGACAGAAUCGCUAUAGUGGAGUGUGAGAAUAAUGAAUUAGAAGACAAGCUGAAGUAUUUUAUGUCCACACAGAAUAGGCCUCAAGAGAUUUUGGAAAGACGAGACGUAGGAAUAGGCUGCGAUCUGCUCCCCAGACAUGAAGUGCAGAAGCACGAUGUUGAAUCUGUCCAUCUUCAUUCCACCCCACCUUCAUCACCUACACCACGUGUCCAACCUUCAUCACCAGUUAACCCAUCAUCACCCACUCAACCUCUGUCACCGACAGAACCUCCAUCAUCGCCCACACCGUGGGCUCCAUCGUCUUCACGGCCUUCCUACCUGUCGUCCCUCCAGUACCCGUCGUUCAGACUAACAAAGCCCAUCCAGCCUCAGACAUACAGUUCGACUAACCCUCCACCCAGCAGGCUGGAGACCAGUUUGUUGAAGUACUCUCCUGGUCAGUACAGCCAGUACCUGCAGUCCAGCAACCCGGCGAUGAACGGUGUGUCCUCUGAGUCCGACCCCGUUGAGGGUCCGGUCCCGUCCAGGAGAGACGAGGUGGAUGCAGAGCCGAAAGCAGACACUGCUACUCAAACCAAAGCGCAGGUCACGUCUUCCACCUUGUCUUCUCGGCCGAGAUCUAGGCUACGGGUUUCCUCACCCUUCAUGAAACUGAUUGGACACAACCUGAAGGAUAAGCACUGAUUGAUUUACAGGGUUCGACGUUUGGGAAGCUCUAAAUAAUUACAUUUAUUUUGCUCUCUUUUUUUUUAUUUUUUCUGGUUUAUCAGAUCUUGUAGACGCCUUCAGGAGAAAAUAUGCAACUUUCUGAGUCGGGUCAUUUACAGUUGAGCCCAAAGUUGUUCACAUCCCUCAGCGUAGGGCUGGACGAAUGUAGCUGAAAAACUUGAGCGUUUUAUAUUUUUGUUUUAAAUAUCUAAAAUAUUGCCAAAUUGGUGGCAGGACCUUUCCUGUUUUACUCUCAGUUU